GGACGAUAAAAUGAAGCAAAGGGUUGAAUUUAGUCAACGGGCAAUUGCAAAAUUGUUGUUGACAUGUGCUAGAAUAAGUGAAAGGAAUGGUAGGCUGUGUGAUUUAUUAAAAGAUUAUGGGAACAAUGAAAACAAACUGGUUAGCGAUUCUGACCAAACAGCAAAAAUUAAUGAAGAAUUACAAUCUUAUGCAACCUCAGUUUUUGAAGAAAACGUGUCUAACAAAAAACUUGUCAAUGAAUUACAAACAGAAAAUCAUCGUUUAAGUUUGCAGUCUUCUUCCUGUGAUGAUAAAAUUGCAUUAAUGGAAUCUAAGGUGGAAACAUUAAACAAUGAAAUUGAGGAUCUUCGUUGUCAAUUGUUAAAGUCCUUUAGGAGAGAAGAAAAACUUGACUUUCGACUUGCUGAGUACAUAAAAAAAGAAAAUAGUCUAGUACAAGUUCAAGAAGCUGCUUCAAUUACCAAAAAUUUGACUCAAAUUGAAAAUGGGGCUAUAAAUGAAGAAGUUGCUAGUUUGAGUAAAUCAAAGUUGGAAGAAUUACAACAAGAUUUGGAAAUUCAAACAGAUUUGGCUAACAACCGUUUAACAGAACUUAAAGAAAUUACAGAAAGAAAUAAAUCGUUGUCUGCUGAAGUUGAAUGUUGUAAAAUGAAGAUGAAAUACAUUUCGCCGGAGGAUAUUAAAAAUUCGAAUGAAUAUUUGUUUUUACAAACUUCUUUUUCUUCACUUUUUGAGGAUUGUAAAUUACAAAAAAAAGAAAUUGAAGAUUUAAAACAAGCAAAUGCCCAGAUUAAACAACAUUAUGAGGAACGAAUUAGUUCAAUGCAGAUUGAUGAAACAACAGCAUUAGAACGUUUUCAACAAACUGUAUGUGAACUAGAUAAUGAUUUAAAUUUGGCAAGAAAAGAAUAUGAAAAUGUUUGUGUAGAUUAUGAAAUAAAUACAAUCUCAAAAGAACAAGCAAUUCCAAUACAAGAACAAGUUAAUUCUUUAAUGAAUACUUUAAGUACACAAAAUACUCAAUUAAAACAAGAAGUUGCUAGAUUAAAAAGAAAAUUGCAAGAAGCUUUUGAACAACUUAAUAUGUGCAAUAAAGAAUUGGAAGGUGAAAGGCGUUUAAAUAAUGACAAUUAUUUGAUUAUUAAAUUAGAAGAAAAUUCUUCCUCUUCUUUUCAUCAAUUAAAUUCUACAACACAACAUCAUCAUCAAAUUCCAUCGGAUCAUUCAUCCCCAGUAAAUUCAGAAAAUACUCACAAUUCAAAUAAUGCUAUGGAUAAUGUUAUAGAUAGUGGUUUAAUUAAAAAAGAAGAGCCUAUGGAUGUUUCUAGCCAAAAUGGAGAGGAUCAUCCUAGUAAGCCUCAUGUUGUCUCAACAUCAUCAGGUAACAAUCAUAGACCGGAUUCGUCCAAUUCUGCCUCCUCACGUCCCUGUACUCCUGCGGAUCUUGGAGCUGAAAAUCAACGUUUACGAAUGGAAAGGGAUCGUUUUAAAGAAAAAUUGAGACAAUUAGCUAAAACAGAUUUACAUGAAAAAAGAAAAUAUUGGACAGAAGAACAAAAAAGAAAAAUAAAACAUUUGGAAGAAGUGUGUGAAAAAAAAAUUAGAGAAUUACAAAAUGCAAAACAAGAGGAAGAUGGGUUAAUGCAGGAAAUGGAGUCUAUUGGGCAAGCUUUUGAAGAGCUUCAGGAACAGGUGGAAAAGAAAAAGAAAUUUUAUUUUGUGUGA